UAUGAUAAGAGCGAAAACAUUCCGAUAAGACCGAAAACAAGGAACCCAAAAAUCACGUUUUAAUAAACUUCGACGUGCAUGAUGCGGUUAGUCCAUUGAGGAGAUUUGCAAACUUUGCUCAGUUUCAGCCAGUCGACCGUGACCCAUAAAGCCUGAAUUGUGACAGGUUUCCGCUGCUCGAGUUGUGAGGGGGGGAAUGCAGACCACUGAGCUCAAUUCAGCUUCUUUUCAGUCUUUUGGGGUAGCUUAUGUGAACUAAUAGUAGAGAAAGUCAGGCCACUGGAUGAAACCAUAUGUCAAGAAAAAUGUCGCGUUUUCUAGUUCGCUUCUCCUCUAUCGUUUCCAACGGAGCGACUGUCAAAUCAAUUUUACCUCAGAAGAGGAUAUUCGUAGGGAUUCGGCUGGUGUCUACAUCAACAGGUUUGCAGUCAUUGACACGUUAUGACCAGUCCACAGAUUGGCAGAGGAAACUGACUCCAGAACAGUAUGUUGUUACGAGAGAAAAAGGCACAGAGGUGCCAUUCAGCGGUAUCUACCUGAAUCACAAUGAGGUGGGCAUGUACCACUGUGUUUGCUGUGACUCCCCUCUUUUUAGCUCAGAAGCGAAAUAUGAUUCAGGAACUGGUUGGCCGUCCUUCUGUGAGGCUCACGGGACAUGGGAGAAAGACGAGAGUCACGCCAACAUUGUCCGUCGCCCUGACAACUCACUUGGUUGCACAGGAACAGAGGUUAUCUGCAAACAUUGUGAUGCCCAUCUUGGACACGUCUUUGAUGAUGGUCCAGAUCCGACUGGCCAGCGAUUCUGCAUCAACAGCGUUGCUCUUAACUUUAAGCCCAGAGAGAAAUAAUGUAGAGACAUCCAGCAAAAAAAAAAAAAAAAAUCUGCAUUUACAGUUAUUCCAUGCAAAUAAAGAAAACAAAUAGCAUUUGAAUAACACAUGUCCAUGGUGUAUGCUAUGAGUUACAGUUUACAAUGUUUUUGGUGGAAAAAAUUUUUUUGGAGGUUGUGUUUUAGGAAUAGUGCACUUUUAGUUUUAGCAGCAACGGCAGUUUGGAUUUCUCAUAGAACCUUUCUAUGAAUAGUUCUUAAAAUAUAUCUUUUUUUCCUAGUGUAAAGAGCGUUUUAAAAUUCUAAAGAACUUUUUCCACUGUAGAGAACCUAUUGGAAGGGAUGUUAAAGGAUCUUAUUGGAACCAGAUGGCAAUAAAAAGAGUGUGGUCAAUUAAAAGUUCCUGUGCACUGUAAUGUUGCAUUAUGAUAUCUUGUAUUAUUAUAAUACAUUAAAAUCGGAUAAUGCACACACACUUUAUAGCAAACAAAAAACAAUUACUGUAAAUGACAUAUCAGGUUGUAUUAAAGUGAACACUGUCAGAAA